AUACUUAAAAAUAGUUCGCUUGGUAGUUGAAAAACGAUGCGUGACAUGCUUGAGUUUAGUAGCAAGUCAGUGAUGUUUGCGGUAAAACUCUUGUUGUGUUUAUUUUAAUCUUACACCAAUUUAGCAAUUUCUUAUUUGUUACAUUUCUCUUUCGAAUAGUUUCCCUGAACAUUUCGUUUACCAAGAACAAUGGCGGAUAAAACAGCAGAACUCGAUAUCUUGUGCAGCAAUAGCAAAUUCACCGUCAACCUAUACAACGUUUUGAUCGAAACAUCGCCAGGAAAUAUAAUCUUCUCUCCUAUCAGCAUUCACGCUGUUCUUUCCAUGGCCUACCAAGGUGCGCAAGGUACAACUGCUGAAAAAUUUGCUUCUACAUUAAAAAUACCUGAAGCUAAAACUGCUAAAGAAGGUUACAAUGUUGUGAUGAACCGCCUAAAUUCUAUUCCCAACGUUACACUUUUAAUGGCUAAUAAAGUUUACCUUAUGGAGCGAUACAAGCUUUUACCAGACUUUAGCGACGCUGUCACUAAAAAUUUCUUAUCUGAAGUACAAUUACUUAAUUUUGGUGCAAAUGAGGCAGCUGCUGCAACUAUUAACGUUUGGGUUGAAGAGAAAACAAAAGAAAAAAUCAAAAAUUUAAUCAGCAAAGACAAUUUAGGCGAUUUCACCCGUUUAGUCCUUGUAAACGCUAUCUAUUUCAAGGGCAACUGGAUGCAUGAAUUUGACAAAGAAGACACUAGAACUGAACCAUUCUAUCUCAAUGAUGUAGAUUCAGUAGAUGUGGAAAUGAUGCAUAUGACGAGGAAAUUCCACUAUAAAGGUGUUAGAGAGUUGGGAGCUCAAAUUUUAGAAUUACCUUACACUAAUGACAAUCUUAGUAUGGUCAUUAUUUUGCCCUUUACAGGAAAGCAAAUUGCCGAAGUGGAAAAGAACUUGGCAACGGUAGACUUAACUGAAAUCACAAAUAAAAUGAUGUACAUUGAAAUUACCGUUGCCUUGCCAAGAUUCAAAAUCGAACAAACCAUUGACUUAGAAGAUUCUUUAACCAAGCUUGGACUUGGAGAUAUAUUUAAUCCAUCUAAAGCAAAUUUCAGUGGCAUGAUUACGUCACAAGAAUCACUAUAUGUGAGCAAAGUUAUACAGAAAGCUUUUAUUGAAGUAAAUGAAGAAGGCGCUGAGGCAGCUGCAGCGACUGCAAUGAUGAUCGUGCCUGAGUGUUGCAUAGAAGGCCCAAAUAUGACAUUCACUGCUGAUCAUCCGUUUGUUUUUAUGUUGUUGGAAAAAUCCAGUGGGAAACCAAAUAUUUUAUUUACUGGAAAAAUAACAAAUCCACAACUUUAAGAAUCAAGUUGUCUUUUUUUUAUAACAGAAGAAACUAAUUAUUAAUUAAGGUGGAUAAUAAAUAUGUAUUACUGAGACCUACUAAUUUACACACCUCUGUGCACUUAAUCUAACCACCUUUAUCAUUGACUUAUCCCGAUAAAAUCGACGCAGCAAAUUUCCUUUUUAAAAACGUGAAAAGUUGCUUAAAUUUUAAUUCCAACCAAUCAUUGGUAUUUAGGUGCACAUUGAUUUGUCUUACUUUGAGCUGAAGAUUCUAUAUAGCCUUCCGACACAUUUUCAAAUUUCCAACCACCAGAUUUUCAACACCAUUGUCUACCAACAAAGUUGCUGAUGUUCUUCUCAUUCUGUGCCCUGUAUAGAAUUUAGCAUCAAAAAGCUUCAAAUAGGUUGCAAGUAUUUUGUCUACACUAUUUUUCCUACUGGUUGAGUUGAGCACUUUUUG